AUGAAGUUCACCGCUGUUAUCUCCACCCUUCUUGUUGCCUCUGCUGCUGCCUUCGCUCCUGCCACCACCGAGCGUGCCAGCACUUCCUUGAGCAUGGACCGCCGUGCCGCCAUGGGAGCCAUCGCCGCCGCCGGUGUUGUCGCCCUUCCACAAAUGGCCUCUGCUGAUGGUGCCAUCUCCAAGGCCACCGUCCAACGCUCCCGAUACAACUACGGAUCCCGCAUCAUGGACUUGAAGGAUGCCGUCGCUGCUGGAGACUUUGGUGCUGUUGCCGCCGAAAAGAACGCUUUCAUCCUCUUCAACUCGGGUGCUUACCCAGGUGCCAAGAACAAGGGUAAGAAGGCAGCCGCCAUUGCCGGAACCAACGCAAUCUUCGCUGCCAUCCGCUCCAAGGAUAAGGGUGCUUUGAAGAGUGCUUUCGAUGCCUACGUUAACGAGAACGGAAUCGCGUCACUCGCAGCCAGUGUUGACAGCACCAAGGGACAAGGAUACUCCACUGACUUUGACUACCGUGUCCGCACCAAGCAAGCCGCCAUCUACGUCCGAUAA